GCUAUAAAACCCGCAUUCUUUGACCAACCAUAUUUAGACAGUAGCGAGAGUUCAAAGAUUUAGAGUGAGAUAUAGAGAGGAGGGGGAGAGAGAAUGCACUCCUUUUGGUACAGGGCGAAUGCCCUGCUAACCUUUGCGGUAACGAUUUUGGCCCUAAUGUGCGCCAUGGCUUCCAUUACUGACCAUCUUAACGUCCCCCAACCCCAGGCCGAUGUCCAGGUAUCAAAUAUCAACUGGUUUCGGAAGCAACCGAAUGGAAACGAUGAGGUUAGUUUAACACUUACCAUAUCAGCUGACCUACAGUCGACAUUUACAUGGAACACAAAGCAGGUAUUUGUCUUUUUAGCAGCUGAGUAUGAGACUCCCAAAAAUUCAUUGAAUCAGGUUUCACUAUGGGAUGGCAUCAUACCUUCAAAAGACCAAGCGAAGUUUUCGAUUCAAACAACCAAUAAGUACCGUUUUAUUGAUCAGGGAAGCAACCUUAGAGGCAAAGAAUUCAACUUGACACUGCACUGGCAUGUUAUGCCCAAGACUGGCAGAAUGUUUGCUGAUAAGAUCGUCAUGCCGGGUUUUGGUCUGCCUCAAGAGUAUAGAUAGUAGUUCCAAGUUUUACCUUUUUGUUUUUUUCACCUUGGUUUCCAUUCCCAAAUGCUUGGGAACCAGUUUAUAGAGUGAUGCUGUACUGCUUCAUGUGGAAUAAAUUAAAAAAAAAUGAUAUACUAAUUUAUCAGCUGAAAUUUUAGGGGCUCUUUUAUCAUGACUUCCUUUUCAAAGAAUUGAAUUAGAGUGUAGCAUGCAACUACUUAUCACAUUCUCACAUAGAUUGAAAACCUGCUGAAAAGUGGAAAUGUGGGAGGCUACUCUCUCAACAAAACUGGGGAGAAACCUUAGAUAUUUCUUCGAAUUGAUUUGUUAUUUCCCUUUUGUGAGAUUGCUCUGUUUAUAUUGUGUGGACAUGGACAUGUUGAAUGAUUGUAAUACAACAAAAACCAUGGAAGGGAUUGAUUUAACUGUCAA